AGAAUGAUAGUGUACAUACUUGUUAACUUUUCACAAUACAUCUUUACAAUAACUCUCCCAACACUGAGAAGCUUUCUAAACUCACUGUAGCCUUAUUUAGAUCAAAUAUGCUUUUAUAGUGUACAUAAUAAAGCAGUAUAGGGACAUAUCUCUCUCUCUGUGUGUGUGUGUGUGUGUGUGUGUGUGUGUGUGUGUGUGUGUGUGUGUGUGCGCGCGUGCGUGCGUGCGUGUUCGCACAAUGCAUAAUGUACAUUCAUUUUAAUAUUAUACCCAAUACAGUUCUAUGUAACAGUGCCCCCUGGUGGUGAACGUUGAGCGUAAAACCGCACCCUGCCAUAUGCCCGACUCACAGUGGUCUCUGUACGCAGGACAGGUGAUCUCUCUCUCUCUCUCUCUCUCUCUCUCUCUCUCUCUCUCUCUCUCUCUCUCUCUCUCUCUCUCUCCUCUCUGUCUGUCUCAGAUACCCUGCCAUCAUGGAGCUGACUCUCGGUCGUCUGGCUGCUUUUCUUGCUUCCUUCGGUCUUGUCAGCUUUGUGUGUCUGAUUGUGGCUAUUGGAAGUGAUUUCUGGUACAUCAUAGACACUUCGAAGAGAGACAGCAACAAAUCAUCAUCUCUCAGCUCUCACUCUGGACUCUGGAGGACCUGUAACUUUCAGCAUGAAUGCAAACCUUUUAUUAACCCUUUUGGAAAUGGAGGAAACUUCACAGAUUCACAAAGACAUAUAUUAAACAUGCAGGCGACGUUCAUCGUGCUGCUGCCCGUCAGCGUGAUCAUCCUUUUCAUCGGAGGGAUGAUGGGCGUCAUGAGCAUCCUGGCUCGAGCACAUCGUCUUCUUCUGGCCACCGGAUUGCUUCUCCUCAGCGGCACUGUGAUUACGUUAACGGGCAUCUGCGUCUAUGUGGCCUACUCUGCGGCCGUCUUCCAAGAGGCUGUGUGUAAAUCUGGACGUAAGAUUCUGGAAGACAUCGACAUCUAUUUUGGCUGGUCUCUGGCCUUCGCUGCCAUUUCCUUCAUUACUGAGCUCAUCACAGCCAUCACGUUUCUGCUCACUUCAGCACGCUUGGGCCAACUCAUGCGCCAAGACCAGGACAGGUGCUUAGAAGAAUAAAAUACACGUAGAGGACGUACGAUUUAUAAAGAUGGGAAUAAAUAAAUGGUAUUAAUACAAAAUGAGUCCAUGUUUAAAAAUCCAGCCAAAUGAUCAAAUUAAUGAUAUUUAAAACUGACGGUUUUCAUCGGGAAACCUGCGCCACUUUGUUCCUGCGACGAUCUGUCCGUACGAAGACAAGCUGUUAGAAAAUAUUGCUUAUUAAAUGUUAUCUUAUGUUAUAUCCAUGUACUGGGAAUGAUUUCAGCAUUACAAUACUGUGUAUACUGUGUACAGUACUGAUAGAUUACAUUGUGUUAAAGACUUUAUCUCAUCUGAUUAGUUCUCAUGUCUUAUAUUGCCAUUAAUUUGUCAUUCUAGGUUAAAGGUGCGGUCUCCUUUGUUUGAAAGCCAAUGUUGACAUAUAAAAUCACCAAAACAAACACGCCCCUAACCCAGACGGGUCCCACCCCUGUAUCGAUAGCUCCGCCCACACAUACAUACGUAAC